UGUGUUAUAGCGACUCACUGGUCCAGAAUAAACCCCAGAAGAUCUAAGCUGGUGUUCUCAUCCAUCGCUUUGCACAUGUGGUUGAAACUCAUCAUGAAUUCCCAGUGGACAUUUUUGCUCCUGCAUUCUUGUUUAUCACUGGUCUUCGGCUUAGAUUUAGAGGUUAAAUAUCCUCCAGAAACUGAUGCAGUCAACUACAGGGAUCCAUGCAAGGCAGCUGCAUUUAUUGGAGACAUUGCUCUGGACCAGGAGGACCUGCACCUCUUCAGACAAGAUCAGGCUGAGAAGGACCUUCAACACACCACCGAAAACUCUAAUACCACUGUCAAUAACACAGUUAACAGAAAUGGAGAAACAGAUGCUUCAGCCAAUCGGAGUCGACAAUUUUGGAACAGUUUGAAGUUUUCUCGUAGAAGGAGAGCUGCUACUGCGAAGAACCAGAGAAUUUGGCCCGAUGGGGUCAUUCCUUACAUGAUCAGUUCAAGUUUCAGUGGCAGUCAGAAAGCGAUCUUUAAACAGGCCAUGCGGCACUGGGAACGACACGUCUGUGUCUCCUUUGUAGAACGAACGGCUGAGAAGAACUACAUCAUCUUCACGUACCGGCCAUGUGGAUGUUGCUCCUAUGUGGGUCGGAGAGGUGAUGGACCUCAGGCUAUCUCCAUUGGAAAGAAUUGUGAUAAAUUUGGCAUUGUGGUUCACGAGCUCGGUCACGUGAUUGGCUUCUGGCAUGAACACACACGACCUGACCGGGAUGCACAUGUCAGCAUUAUUAAAGAAAACAUACAACCAGGCCAGGAGUAUAAUUUCCUGAAGAUGGGACCGGAUGAGGUGAACUCGUUAGGAGAAACGUACGACUUUGACAGCAUCAUGCACUACUCCACAAACACCUUCUCCAGAAGCGUCCUCUUGGAGACGAUUCUGCCUCGGUAUGAUGUAAACGGGAUCAUUCCCCUGAUUGGUCAGAGGAUGAGACUGAGCGAAGGCGACAUCACUCAGGCACGAAAGCUCUACAAGUGUCCCAAGUGUGGAGAGAGUUUGCAGGAGAGCUCUGGGAAUUUCUCUUCUCCUGGAUUUCCUAAUGGAUAUGUCGCUUACACACAGUGUGCAUGGAGCAUCUCUGUUACACCUGGAGAAAAGAUCAUACUUAAUUUCACCUCCAUGGAUCUCUACCAAAGUCAUCUUUGCUCGUAUGAUUAUGUGGAGGUGCGAGAUGGAUACUGGAGGAACUCUCCUUUAAUAGGCCGUUUUUGUGGAGAUCGGGUUCCAGAUUCUCUCGUUUCCACUAACAGUCGUAUGUGGAUCGAGUUUCACAGCAGCAGUAACUGGGUUGGAAAAGGGUUCUCCGCCCUGUAUGAAGCAAUGUGUGGUGAAGAAUUAAACACUGAUAGAGGGGAGAUUGCGUCACCAAACUACCCUGACGACUAUCAUCCCAGUAAAGUGUGUGUGUGGAAGGUGACAGUGACUGAAGGGUUUCAGGUGGCACUUUCCUUCCGGACAUUUAAGUUGGAGAUUCAUGACAGGUGUGCGUAUGAUUACGUGGAGGUGCGUGAUGGUAGCUCGGAGAAUGACCCGCUUCUUGGACGAUUCUGUGGGAACCAGAUUCCCCAAGAUAUCAAAAGCAGGUCCAACCAACUCUGGAUGAAGUUCGUCUCAGAUGGUUCUGUUAAUAAAUGUGGAUUUGCUGCAAAUUUCUUCAGAGAGGUGGAUGAAUGUGCCAGACCUGAUAAAGGUCACUGCAGUCACAUGUGUAUUAAUACACUGGGCAGUUACAGAUGUGCGUGUCAACCUGGAUACCGACUUGCCACUGACCGACGCAGCUGUGAGGCUGCGUGUGGAGGUUUUCUCACCGCAUUAAAUGGCUCUGUGUUCAGUCCAGGAUGGCCUCACGAAUACCCCCCUAAUAAACAGUGUGUGUGGCAGCUCAUUGCUCCUCAACACUACACCAUCACACUGCUGUUCCACAGCUUUGACACAGAAGGCGACAACGUGUGUAAAUAUGAUUAUGUGGAAGUUCGCAGUGAUUCCAGGCUUCACGGAAGAUUCUGUGGAGCUACAACUCCAGAGCCGAUCACCUCCGACUCCAACAUCCUGCACGUGGAGUUUAAAUCCGACAGCACUGUGUCUCGCAGGGGCUUCACUGCGACCUUCUUCUCCGAUGUGGACGAAUGCUCCCGGGAGAACGGAGGUUGCCAGCAUGAGUGUGUGAACACGUUUGGGAGUUAUAGCUGUCAGUGCCACAGCGGGUUCACCUUACACACCAACCUGCAUGACUGCAAAGAAGCCGGUUGUGAUCAUGUGAUCACCAGCUUGCCCGUCUCCAUCACCAGUUCCAACUGGCCAGAAAAAUAUCCCAAUAAGAAAGUGUGCACUUGGGUGUUACACACUACACCAGGCCACCGAAUCAGACUGGUCUUUAAUGAAAUUGACAUGGAAAGCCAUCUUGGAUGUUCCUACGAUUAUCUGGAGGUUUAUAACGGCCCCAACGAUGCAUCGCCCAGUUUAGCGUUUUGUGGAAGCAAAAAACCAUCUCCCGUUAUUUCCAGCACCAACAUGAUGUUUCUACAAGUUUUCUCAGAUAGUUUGGUCCAGAAACAUGGCUUUGAGGCAUCGUUUACAACAGAUUGUGGUGGAGCUCUGAAGGCUGAAGCAGAACCUGGAGAUCUUUACUCUCACGCUGAGUUUGGUGAGAAAAACUACAGCGAGGCAGAGGAGUGUGAGUGGAUCAUUUCAGCUGAGAAAGGAUUCGGAGUCACGCUCGUCUUCAACAUCUUUGAUUUGGAGGAUGAGGCAGAGUGCACAUAUGAUUACAUGGAGCUAUUUGAUGGACCUGACACUAUAGCGCCACACCUUGGGCGUUACUGUGGAUCCAGGCCUCCAGAUGAUCUGUCCUCAGCUGGAGAUACCAUCCUCAUCAAAUUCCACUCAGAUCAUACGGUCAGUAAAAAGGGCUUUCACAUCCAGUACACCAGCACCAAAUUCCAGGACAUCCUUCACACCAGUGACUCAAUCUAGUGCCCUGGGACGUUUUCCUCCUAUAAACUUGUCCAUGUUUCUUUCUGUGGAAAUCUUCCUUCAUACAUCCUUCACCAAGUGACAAUUCUGAAUCUCAGUGAUGAGAACAUAUCAGUCUCAGAGCUGCUUACUGGAACCAUUACACAUUUCCAUCAGACUGCUGUGUCAUGUUCUUCCAUGUCUCAGACAGACCUUCUGACACACUGUGAAAUCAUCUCUGUCAUAUUCUACAUCUUUCUCAGCACAUGAUUUACACUCAGGUAGCAGAUUUUAGUUUGUGUGUUAUUAUGGUUAGUAAAUUAUGCUAAAUAAUCUAAAUUAUGCUAAUUAAGCCAAAUGAUGUCCUUUUGAACGAAUCAAAUUCAUUCAUUAAUGCAGAUAUCCUGGUAAAAUGGAGGCUACGUGCUUUUCUUCCUUGUUAGAUCUUUUCACCGUGUAGCCAAAAGGCGAAAUGCUGAUUUCACCAGACAUACAAUAUAUAAAAAACUUUUGUGGACCAACCUGAUUACUAUGUGCUUCUUUCUGAACAUUCUCCAUUUUGCUGUUAUAAUGAGCUCCAC